UAUAAGCGAACGGACGGAUCAGCUCUGUUCUGUACAUGCAAACUUCGUAGCUUACCUUCAUUCAGCCUACUAGUAUAAUUUCUAAUUAGUUAGCUCAACAGCUCAACGAAAUCAUUGUGGAUCAUCCGUCACAUAUAUCCUCAUAUACUAUAUCAACACUACCACCCCCAAUACCCUCUCCAACCGCACCCAUAGCUUACCCACUCCACCCCAUCUACUUUCUGCCCCUCGCCCCCAUGCCUACUCCUCCUCCCCCUUCCCACACCUAUCCUGCAAGCUGUCACUGUGGCAGCGUACAAUACACAGUAACCCUCUCACCCCCCCUCACCGACCCCACCCGCGAAGUCUUCGAAUGCAACUGCAGCAUCUGCUCCCGAAACGGCUACCUCCUGGUAUACGCAAAGCACGAGGAUGUGAAUUUUACGGCCGGAGAAGAAAUCCUUGAACGCUACACCUUCGCCAAAGCCCGCGUCGCACACUUCUUCUGCCCGCAAUGCGGCAGCAGCCUCUUCGCGAAAAGCCUUGACGCAAGCUACAAGCCCCUGGAUAUAAAAGCCGUAAACGUGCGGCAGUUCCACGAUUUAGAUUUAGCGCGGUUGAAAAUCCGGGGCGUGGAUGGGCGGAGUGCUUGAAGGUGGGAUGCUGGGGGAUGAGUGGGAAAGAGGGUGAGAGGGGGUAGGUUGGGAUGAGAGCAUUGGGACAUGGGAGGCUGAUUGAGUAUAUCAUGAGAUUAGAAACGAGAUAAAUU